AUGGCCAAGAUGGCGGCCUCCAUGGUCGCAGAAAGCGGAGAGGAUGUUUUUAAGAAAAUGUUUAAGUUUUAUAAAAGAAGGGAGCCUCCUCCAGACCUCAGGGAAGUGACAGACUUUGGCAGCGGAGCAACAGCAGGAGGAAAGAUUGUCCCAUUGAAACUGGAUCCGGGUGCUGUAAGUGAUGAAGAGGCUGCAGGCGUUGGUUUACAGCCCGUCAGAGACUGGAGAGUUUUCGGCUUGCAGGGGUACCCAGGCUUUAUUUUCAUCUCCAAUCCUUUCCUUCGGGGCUCCCAGGCUUUCUGGGUCAGGCAGUGUUUGAAGACAUACCCUCAGAAACCAAACGUUUGCAAUCUGGACAUGCAUAUGUCACCCUGUGACACGCAGGACAUCUGGGCCAGGAGUGUGGAAGCCAUCCGGUCUCCCCUCUCUGUAAAGAGGCAACCAAAAACUCUACUGGAGAGGCUGCGCUGGGUAACGCUGGGAUACCAUUACAACUGGGACACCAAGACCUACUCUGCCAACAGUUAUACUCCGUUCCCAGCUGAUCUGCACAUGCUUUCCUUCCGAAUAACAGCUGCCUGUGGCUUCCCCGGAUUUAACUCAGAGGCUGCCAUCCUUAACUACUACCGAUCAGAUUCUUCUCUGGGAAUCCAUGUGGAUGAGUCAGAGCUCGAUCAUUCUCGUCCUCUGCUGUCCCUCAGUUUCGGACAGUCGGCUAUCUUCCUGCUGGGUGGACCUCACAGACAAGAUCCCCCCACUGCUAUGUUUAUGCACAGCGGAGAUGUGAUGGUGAUGUCAGGGCCAAGCAGGUUGCUGUAUCAUGCCGUCCCACGGAUUCUCCCAGCACCACCACAGCGUGCGUCGCUUUUAGAAGAGCCCAGCUGUGUCUUGGCCCUGCAGAUGGGGGGUGUGCUGGAGCCGGUGUCAGAGGAAGACUGGGACGUGUGUUCUAAGUACAUUCAAAACUCAAGAGUGAACAUGACUGUCAGACAAGUGUUGGGGCCUGGACAAACCCUUCCAGAGAAGCCACCUCUCGCUCUUCAAAAGGACAAUGAAGUUGUUGAGUGUCACAAUAAUGGAAACAACGGGAAAAGGAAGAGGAGCUGCAGUGACCCUGUGGAGACUGUAGAAACGUAAAACAGCCAAUGUGUUUUAUACUGAAUGAAGCCACAAUUAAAUGGAUUUAUUACAUUUUUCAGACAGUGAAGUCAAGUGUUAGUUUUAAGAUGGUUGCAGAUGUUUAAUUCUCAACCUGGAGUUAAACGUAUAGAAUUAUUUUCAGAUCUCUCAAGAUUCAAAUUAGACUUUCAGUUUAAAAUUGGACUUUUUUUUAAACAUACAAUAAUUUUGACCAUUUUCUUGGUUCUAUCGUGCUGUUGAGUUCACCUCAUCUAUACGCUCUACUCUGAAAAUAUGUUUACUGUAAAAUCAAAAAUAUAAUUAAAAGGAUGAAUAAAACUAGUUACUUUAAACUGUGUAUGUGUUGCACAAAAAGCACCGUGUUGUGUGUUCAGAAUAACAUUUUUGGCUCCACCUUUGCAAAGAGCAGUAACUAGUAAUGUCCACUAGGUGGAAUCAAAUAAUCAAAAAAAAUAUGCCAAAAGAAGUGCUUUGAUAUACACCAAACUAUGCAAAUAUGUCCCUGUUUAAGCUUAUAUUUAAAUAAAUAAAAUUCUCCCUCUUGACUAAACU